CUGUCUGUCUGUCUGUAUGUCUGUCGCCCUCUCAUCCAUGCAUCCUUUUGUCCAUCCAUCCAUUCACCAUCCAUCCAUCCACCCAUCUGUCUGUCUGUCCGUCUGUCUGGCCAUUCAUUCACCCAUCCACAGCAGGGUAUGUCCAUGUGACCGUCCAUCCAUUGAUCCAUCCAUCCAUUGAUCCAUCCAUUGAUCCAUCCAUCCAUCCAUUGCUCAGGCAGUCACACAAACAGCCGCAGCGACGCCACCACGAGCUCGAACAGGCCGAGACCCAGCAGCUAACAGCCACACACCAAACACACAACAGUCACACAUCAUGUUUGAGUGCUGUCGCUCCCUUACCGAGGCCGCGUAUGGCGCGUCAUCGAUGUCAUACAUCGAUGACCAGUGCGUCGGGAUCGUCGUAGCGACCUCCUGAUUCAUGACACAAAUCUGCGGCGAGAUGCAUUGUCAGUGAUCAUGGUACCUUGAUCACGGCCGCCGUGUGUACGAGGCAAAACAACACCGACACCGCAUCAGCUCCUGCAUCAAUGACACAAAAGUGACACUAAUCACAAGCAGUGAUGGAUCCGAACCUGUGAUGGAUGUGGUGAUGAUGGCACCUCUGCAGAGGGCCAGGCAGGCACCGACAGCCAGCUGCUGGACGACAGUGGUAUCCAGAGCGUGUGAUCUGCACAGAGACAGACACACAUGACAGAAGAUGUGUGUGUAUCGAAUUUUUACGUCAGCGAGGCUGCAGCCCAAACGAUGAUCUUGAGCAGCAUGCUGGUGAUGGGUGUGACCGUCUGCCCGAACAGCAGCGAUGCAGCAGCCGCCAGCGUCGACAGACAGACACUCACAAGUGUCAGCACCAGGAUUUUGACUCUCCACUGCCCGAAUACGGCAGGCGGCACCAU